UCUAAGUGGUGAGGAGUGGAACCGUUGACCGGUUGUGCACCUGACACCAUGGUUGAUACACAUAGUGGCAAGAGUACUGCCUCACAGUCCGAAGCCGAGCAGGCUCGGAUCGCUGCCAUACUGAGGGAGAGAAAAGAGAAGAAGGAGCUCCUCAAGCAGGCGAAGCUAAAGGCGAUAGCGGAGGAGCAGGCGACAAAGAAGAAGAAGUUAAAAGAAGAGAUGAUAAGGUUACAGAAGGAGAAGAUGAUGAUGCUACAACAGGAGGAGGAAGAGAAGAGGAAGGCUGCUGAAGAGGAAGCAACAGAAGAGGAGGAAGUGGAAGAACCCCUUGAAAGCAGGCGAGGGGGAGACAAAGGAGAGACAAGUGGCACGAAGGGAGAGGACGUCUAGAUGGAGAAAAAGAUCAGCGAGUGGGUAGCUAAUUUAUCGUUGGGGUACGUGCCGCAGGAGGAGAGAGAAACGUUUGCCAGGGAGUUGGAAGCGAUAGACGAUCCCCUGGAACGCCAGACAACAGAGGACGAAAAGAAGUUGGAGUGGAAGUUACGUAUGAUGAGGGAGAAGAAGAGAAGGAGGGAGGAAACCAACCGGGUGGCUAGAGAGGUGGCGAGAGUCCGGGCAUGUAGGCGGGAGGUUCAGGCACAGGCCGAAACCCCUGCGAACUUAGAUAAGAUUCUGGGUUACUUGGAGGUUCUGAGUGAGGCCUGGCUCGAGGAGCAUCAAGCUAAUAAGGGUCAAGAUGUGACCCUUCAUGCCAUCCGAGCCGGUUUCAGAGAGUUUGCGCGCGACGUGGUAACCCACGUCGGGACCGAAGUCAAAAAGUUAAAGGAAGGCGCAAAAAAGUUUUGUGCCAGCGCCAUUGAGGGUGCCAAAGUAGUGGCCAGAGCAGAGGCGGAGUCGCGUCCCCACAAAGAGCCUGUAAAGCUCAACUUUCCUGAUUCUUAUAGCAGGAAAAAGGAUGAUAACUUUGAUAACUGGGAGGCCAGUAUCAACACAUACGUGUAUCUGCAGCAUAUUGCCCCCGAGGAACAGGUCCUCGUGGCCUUUCAUGCAUUAAAGGACGAAGCGGCUAGUUUUGCCAGAGGAGGAGAAGAAGAGGAGGAGGAGGAGGAGGGAGAAGAAGAAGAUGACAAAGAAGAGGGAGGAGAAGAAGAAGAGGAUGAGGACGAGGAGGAAGAAAAUGACAAAGAAGAGGGGAGAGAAGAAGAGGAGGAGGAGAGGAGGAAGAAGAAGAAGAAGAAGAAGAAUACGAGCUUGUCGCGGGGUAAUGUCUUUCUUUGUGAGGAUGGACGAAACGAUGGUGUUGUCAGUGCGGAUGGUGAAGUAUUACCCGUCGAGGUACGGGCACCAGACUGUGAGGGCGUGAAUCACGACGAGGAGUUCCUUCUCGUUGGAGGGGUAAUUCAUCUCCGCGGGAAGGAUCUUCUUGCUUGCGAAGGCGAUGGGGUAUUCACCAGGUGGAGCCUCGGGGAUCGAGAGGACUUGGCGAAGGUGCUGAAGGUGGGACUCGAGGGUGGGCUUGAAGACAAGGAUAUUAUCAAGGUAGACGACAACACAGACUUCGAGGAGGUUGCGGAAGAUGUGGUUCAUGGUAGAUUGGAAGGUAGCAGGGGCGUUGGUGAGUCCAAAUGGCAUCACGAGGAACUCGUAGUGCCCGAAGCGAGAGCGGAAGGCGGUUUUGUGGGUGUCCUCCUCGCGGAUACGGAUCUGGUGGAAGCCACUGCGAAGGUCGAUCUUGAUAAAGUACUUUGCUCCACGGAGACGAUCAAGGAGCUCGGAAAUCCGAGUCGUCCUGUGGAGGGGGCGUCACCGGAGAGGGGGGAGGCAGACGAAUUGUCAAUGCCAGAUCAGCCAUCAGUGGGACGGAGGGCGUCACCGAUGGGUGGGCCGACAGACGCGGUGUCGAUGCCGGGUCGAUGUCCUGGGGACUGUGUUCAUGAUGAGGAGGGACCCGCGCUUGCCGAGGGCGGUGAUGUGGAGGUUGCGGGUCGAGUGGAGGUGGACUGGCGGGUGAAUCGUGCGGCGUUGGGGCAGUUGGUUUGUUGGUGCCCCAAUUGGCGACAACGGAAGCAACCCCCUUUUGCUUGGAGGCAGUUGCGCUCCUCGAGGGUUAGUUUCUUGAGGCGGGGGGGUGGGGUAGAUGAGGGUGGUCGGGAGCUGCGAUCUUUGAGCUCCAUCCUCAUGAAUUGGACGACAUUGAGUUCCUUGGAAGUGAGGGAUGAAGAGUCCAGUGAAUCGGAAGAUGCGUGGGGGUCCGGUGUAGUGAACUCGUCCGAGGAGGUGGUGGAGGUGGUGUCCUUGGAGGCGAUGUUGUGGAAGAAACGAGGGCGGGGAGGGACCGAUAGGGGAGGUGGAGUGGCCACGGUGGAGGUAGUGGUGGAUGAAGAUAACGGUGAUGUUGAUGACGUGCUGGCGGAGAGUACGGUGGAUGUGGACGGGGAGGGAAGUGGUGCGGAUGUAGUUUGGGGGGAGGUUGUUGUGACGACCGUGAUGACGGGGGUGUUUCCUUCGAUUGCAGUGGCGCGGAUGGAGAUGGUAGAGAUGGAGGUCUUUAUUCUGAAGAAGAAGAAGAAGAAGAAGAAGAAGAAGAAGAAGGAGAUGAAGUCUGAAGAAGAAGAAGCAGAAGAAGAAGAAGAAGAAGAAGAAGAGGGGAGAGAUGGCAGAGGAGGAGAAGGAGGUGAGGAGGAGGGAACGGGACCGUGGAGGGAGGAGAAGAGAUCCUCACCUCCUGGUACCUGCCCGGCUGCUGUCGAGGCGGCUAUGGCCGCCGUGCAAGAAGAAGAAGAAGAAGAGGGGAGAGAUGGCAGAGGAGGAGAAGGAGGUGAGGAGGAGGGAACGGGACCGUGGAGGGAGGAGAAGAGAUCCUCACCUCCUGGUACCUGCCCGGCUGCUGUCGAGGCGGCUAUGGCCGCCGUGCUGCUGCUGGCCUCCUCGCUCGCUGCUGCUGCUGCUUUCCUCCGCUCCUGCGCUCAAAAUAGCGCUGCUGCUGCCAACCGAUACGCACCAGCAUUAUGCCGGUGGCUCGAUGCCUCGAAGUGAGGCCGGACCGGUCUUUAGUACCGGUGGGGCAGAGGCCGGCCUCAAUGCUGCGAGGCCUGGCCGUGCCCUGAACCGUCGAGAUUGACGGUU